UCCCCCUCCCCAAGGUGUUGGCGGCGGCGGGGACGCGCUCGCUCGUGCCCGCGCCGUUCCCCCCCCCCCCCCGUCCCCGUCCCCGUCCCCGCUCCCCUCGGCUCUCCCCGGCUGCGCUGGUAGCGGCGGCGGCUCGGCCAUGGCGGCCCCGGCGGAGCUGAACGCGGAGCGGCUGCGGGCGCUGCCCGGCAGCUGGAGUUACGGGAUCAGCCAGGGCGGCCGCGUCUUCUUCAUCAACGAGGAGGCGAAGAGCACGACCUGGCUGCACCCGCUCACCGGAGAGGCCGUGAUCACCGGGCACCGCCGCAGCGCAGACUUACCCACAGGUUGGGAGGAAGCUUAUACUUUUGAAGGUGCAAGAUAUUAUGUAAAUCAUAAUGAACGAAAAGUAACCUGCAAACAUCCAGUAACAGGACAGCCAUCACAGGACAACUGUAUUUUUGUUGUGAAUGAACAGACUGCUGCAGCAAUGACAUCUGAAGAAAAGAAGGAGCGACCAGGAAGCAUGAUAUGUGAAGCAACUAACUAUAAUCUGACAUCAGAUUAUGCUGCUUAUCCAAUGAGCCCUGUGGGCAGAACAUCACGAUCUUCAAAGAAGGUUCAUAAUUUCGGAAAAAGAUCAAACUCAAUAAAGAGAAAUCCUAAUGCACCAGUUGUCAGACGUGGCUGGCUCUAUAAACAGGAUAGUACUGGAAUGAAGUUGUGGAAGAAACGGUGGUUUGUGCUCUCAGAUCUGUGUCUCUUCUAUUACAGAGAUGAGAAAGAAGAAGGAAUACUAGGUAGCAUACUUCUACCUAGUUUUCAGAUAUCUGUGCUUUCUCCUGAGGACCAUAUUAACCGCAAAUAUGCCUUUAAGGCAGCUCAUCCAAACAUGAGGACCUAUUAUUUCUGCACAGAUACAGGGAAGGAAAUGGAGUUGUGGAUGAAAGCCAUGACAGAUGCAGCACUUGUGCAGACAGAGCCUGUAAAAAGACUAGAGAAGUUAACCACUGAAAAUACAUCACCUCGAGAGGCGAAUAAUAUUUCAAAUCAUCGGGUGCUAAUUAAGCCAGAGGCACAAAAUAACCAGAGAAAUAAAGAAGUGAACAAAAAUGAAGAGAAGAAAGCUUUGGAAGCUGAAAAAUAUGGAUUCCAGAAAGUUGGGCAAGAUAAACCAUUAACGAAAAUUAACAGUGUAAAGUUAAAUCCUUUGGGGUCUGAAUACAGGACUUUACCCAUAACCACGAUUCAGGCUGGACACUUCAGACCAGUUCAUUUAAAUGGGUCUGAGAAUAAAGCUGUUGGUGUUGUCCUGGCAGACGCUGGAGAUGGAGGUCAGCACAAUGCGGUUCAGUCACAUAUGGAGUCUGAACGAGUUAUGCAGAGAACUAAUUCAAUGCUGCAGUUGGAACAAUGGAUUAAAAUACAAAGAGGAAAAGGACAAGAAGAGGAAACAAGAGGCAUAAUCUCGUAUCAGACAUUACCAAGAAACAUGCCAAGCCAUCGACCUCAAGGUCUACCUCGGUACCCGGAAGGCUACAGAACACUGCCAAGAAACAGCAAAGCACGGCCAGAGAGCCUCUGCAGCGUAACGCCGUCGGCUUACGAUAGAGCCAUAGGACCAGUAACAGCCGAAGAAAAACGGAGGUCGAUGCGGGAUGACACAAUGUGGCAGCUCUAUGAAUGGCAGCAACGUCAGUUUUACAAUAAGCAAACAACUCUUACUAGACACAGUACUUUAAGUAGCCCAAAAACUAUGAUUAAUAUUUCUGAUCAGACAAUGCAUUCGAUUCCCACCUCACCUUCUCAUGGUUCAAUCGCUGGUUUCCAAGGAUAUUCCCCACAGCGGACUUACAGAUCGGAAGUGUCUUCACCAGUGCAAAGGGGAGAUGUAACUAUUGAUCGCAGACACAGGACACAUCAUGCCAAGCAUGUCUUUGUGCCCGACAGAAGGUCAAUGCCAGCAGGUCUGAGUUUACAGCCUGUUACUCCUCAGAGCCUCCAAGGCAAAACACCAGAGGAGCUCACGCUGCUGCUAAUAAAGCUGAGACGGCAGCAAGCUGAACUGAGUAGUAUCCGGGAACACACACUAGCACAGCUCAUGCAACUAAAACUUGAGGCCAGCAGCCCAAAGAAUGAGAUUCUUUCACAUCAUCUUCAAAGGAAUGCCAUAUAUUUGGAUCAUCAGAUGAAAGAGAAUGAACCUUUAAUCACCAUGGUUCACACUAUGAUUGAGAACUCGGCGCUAAGACCGCAACUGUACCAGCAAUUAACACAAGAAGAAUGUAGGGGUACACUAUACAAAUAUAGAACUGAAGAGCUGGAUAUUGAUGCUAAGCUUAGCCGUUUAUGUGAACAAGAUAAAGUUGUACAAGCACUGGAAGAGAAGCUUCAACAGCUACACAAGGAGAAAUACACGCUUGAGCAAGCUUUGCUAUCAGCAAGUCAGGAGAUAGAAAUGAAUGCAGAUAAUCCCGCAGCCAUACAAAAUGUAGUCUUACAGAGAGACGACUUGCAGAACGGACUACUUAGCACUUGUCGAGAAGUAUCGCGAGCUACUGCAGAAUUGGAGAGAGCUUGGAGAGAAUAUGAUAAAUUGGAGUAUGACGUAACUGUAACAAGGAACCAUAUGCAGGAGCAACUCGAUCGGCUUGGAGAAAUUCAGACUGAGUCAGCGGGGAUACAGCGUGCUCAGAUUCAGAAGGAACUGUGGAGAAUUCAAGAUGUCAUGGAGGGUUUAAGUAAACAUAAACAGCAAAGAAGUUCUUCAGAGGCAGGCCUCAUGGGAUCAAGGACAUUUUCAGCUAUUAAAUAUAAAAAUGAGGAAGAGGAAGUAGUCCCACCUCGUCCUCCACUCCCUCGGUCCUAUGACUUUACAGAGCAUCCUCCCAUAAUCCCCCCUCUGCCCAGUGAUAGCAGCUCCUUGCUCUGUUAUAGCAGGGGCCCAGUACAUCUGCCAGAAGAAAAGAAGAUUCACCAAGUUCAAGGAUAUCAGAGAAAUGGAUCUUACUGUGGUCCUGAUUAUAGGCUUUAUAAGAGUGAACCCGAGUUAACUACAGUAGCAGAAGUGGAUGAGUCUAAUGGUGAAGAAAAAACAGAACAAAUUUCAGAAUCAGAAUCUACAACUAAAGGCUCACAUUUUCCUGUGGGAGUUGUACCACCCAGAACCAAAUCACCAACACCGGAGUCUUCAACAAUAGCAUCCUAUGUCACUUUGAGGAAGAAUAAGAAGAUAGAUCUAAGAACGGAAAGACCAAGAAGUGCAGUGGAGCAGCUGUGCCUUGCAGAAAGCACACGACCUCGAAUGACUGUGGAGGAACAGAUGGAAAGAAUAAAGAGACACCAACAAGCUUGCCUGAGAGAGAAGAGAAAAGGACUCAAUAUUAUUGGCAUUUCAGAGCCGUCUCCUUCACAGAGUCUGUCGUUUGUCAGAGAUAAUCCAUUCAAAUUGGCACAGAAUCGAAAAAAGGAUGAUACUGUAUCUAGUAACAUGAAGGAAUUAGAAAGCACCAGUAAAGAAAAUAAUUUGAAACAAAAUAAUGAAAGCCCUGGCGAAGAAAUAGCGCAACUAAAACAUGAUGGAGAACAAGAACAUAAUUCAGGUUUUACUAAAGAGCUGACAAAAACUGAUGAUCUUUUAUCAGAUGCACAUGUUGUAUCUGACUCAAAAGAAGUGAGUAAUGAAGAGAAAGCAGAAAAGGAAAAGAAAAAUAAAUUGGAAGAAACACAUGAUGGUGAUAUAAGCUUGCAGAGUGUGACCACAGUUACAAACCACAAACCAAAAACCAGCUCAGAAGAAAGUGAAGUAGUUAGUGCUCAAGAACAAGAAGGGAUUAUGUCUUCAUUUGAAGUAGCAGCACAGUCUUCAAAAGGAAAUCAGGCAACAGCAGUGAAAAGUUUGCCUUCUUCACCAGAAUCGUCAUUGUCACCAGCUCCAUCUACACAGACACAGCUCACAGAAGGAUCACAUUUCAUCACUAAUGGCUUCUGUUGAAACAAUUCAUGCCUGAGAUGUAUGGAUCUGACCUAUGAAAAUAUGAGAAGAUAUUGUACAGUAUAUUUUAAAUCUAUGAAAUUCAUAGUUCUGAUGCUUUUGGCCACAGAGCAUCAUUUUAUCGCUUCCUGGAAAAUGUUUAUUCCGAGAGAGCUUUAAAUGGCCCACAUGUACACUCAACAACCUUCAGAUUGUUCUCCUGAUACCAGCUUGCUGCUAUGAUUUCUGUGCACAUAAAAUAAAGGCUUUUUUUAAUGUGCAGCCUACAGUCAGAAUUUGAUUUGAUAUUCUCCAGAAUUUAAUGUUCUUUUAAUUAUGGAUCAUAUAAGUUUACUUUUUUGCUUCUUUUAGAUGCAUAACUCGGUUAAUUUUACAUAUCACCACUAAACCUUGUUUAACACUUUUUAAACAUUACAGUUUAUUGGUUUAACAUUUUAUUUGUAAAAUGUUUAUAUAUAUACAUAUAGAUAUAUUUAAAAUGUGCCAUUUUUAUUAUUGCUUAGUAAAAUAUGUCCUGUUUCUGCUGUAAUUAUUUCUUGGUCAGGUUGCAAUGUCAGCAGUUACUGCCACACUUCUCUCAACAUAUACAUUAAUGUUAGUGGUUACUUUUUCUUAUAUAAAAUGGAGUGUAGGUAUUUUGAGGUACUGGGCUUUUCCUUUGUUGGGUUAGGGUGUGUACAGCAAUAAGCAGGUUUUCAAUCCAGUACUCGGUUUGUGUACAAAUGUAAUUAUGUUCAUUGUGUAUAUAUUAUACAAUGAGCACAUACGAUGUAAGUAUAAGAAGCCACUUAUUAUUGUUCAAAUACGAAUGUUCAUAUCCCAUUUCUUUUAUAUCAUAUUAAAUAAAUGUUGAUGUUCUUAAGGACUUGUAUGGUUAGUAUUUCUUCCAGCAAACAGAUGUCACACUGUGUUCCACCUUUUGAUGUGGGGAAUGCAACAAUUCUUAUCUCAUUGGCGACAUCACCUGUCAACCAGAGUAGCAGUGACAGACUCUUAAGAGAUUCCAGUCUUCCUCUACGGGACAGAAUAAGGCUGCAAAACAGAACAAAAAGACAACCUGAAACUGAGACGCAAGAAAUACAGGUUCAGCUCUUGACUCUCCCAGACUUGUGUCGUGAUGUUGGAAUAAUCACUUAGUCAUUCUGUGCCUCCAUUCCCUGCCUGUUUACCUGAGAGGUAAUAGCCUGUCUUACUGGGCUGUGGUGAGUAGUAAUUCAAUAUUUGCAAAUGUUGAAUGCCACGUUCAGUGGGGUUAAGGAGAGAAGUAUGAUGAUUCCUUGAGGCUUUGACAUCUGCAAAGCAUCUUCCAGAAACUGAAAGAAAACCUGAAAUAAUUUGUCCAGUGUCAUCAUACUACAGAUGUUACUAGCUUCGCUUUUCCAUCUCACACAGCUGUCUGAAUUUGCCUGAGACAAAAGAGGUUUAGAAAAGAAUGAUGAAAAAUGAAAAGAUUCAAGGCAAAGCUUUUGAAUCUAGCAUGUAAAGCUAAGAAAUCUUUUAAACCAUUCAGGUAACUGCUGUGUGCUUCAGUGCACGUGUAUGCCAUAAGUGGUAAGGCAAGUUUCAUGAGAAGACGACUGGCAGCUCCUAUUGUGCUUUUUUAUCAUACAACUCAUAUCCUGUUCAAGUUAAUAUUGCUGUACUAGAGACUAUAGAAUUCAUUGUGCUUUUCCAUAGAGGAGUGCCGGAGAUUGACACAGAGUUUGAAAUUAACUCUUUAUCAUUGCCCCCCUAAAUAGGAGUUUGUGUUCGUUGUGCUCUGCUGCCACUCCCAGCUCUGCUGCCGGGUCUUCCUGGGGCUCUUUGCCACAAAGACACAGAGUACGCUGUCCGUCUACCUGUUGUUUUGCCAUUUUCUUUGAAAAGGGAAAAAAUAGGAAGCAGAAUUUAGCAGCAGAGCUUGGAGGGUCAUAGUGAAAGAGAUGACUGAAGGAAAGAAGAUGAAUUAUGAUGCAGGCAGACAGCGUCCAGCUGAAAGUUUGACCAAAUAGCCUUUUUUUUUUUUUUUUUUUUUUUGGAACAGUAGCCCCAAAUCGGUGCAUCCUGCCAUCCAAAACAUAGAGCCAAGAAGAGGAAUGUAAUUUUUUUAUUGCUCAACCAGCUGAGGUUUAAGUUCAAUGGUAUAACUGGAACACCUGGGGCAAAGCAAACAAGACACUCCCUGUUCUCUCCCUAACCCUUCAAGAGAGAGCUGUUCAGCUGUCAAGCUCUUUCUGUCCUUGCUGCCAAGAAAAGAAUUGCAACCAAUAAAGGAAAGAAUGACUAAGUGGUUUUUGGACAUUUAUAGAUCUUGUCUGUGUUUAAAGCAGUUGUCAGUUUGGUAUAUCUGCGAAGUACGUGCAGUUUAUACUGAAGCUGGGGGAGGGUGGGAGAAUUAGCAAGUUUUUGCUGGUAUAACUGUUGGCAAAGACAGCAAAUGUAAAUGAUGCAGGAAUGUAGUAAUGCUCAUAGACUAUAAUUUCACUUCCUGUGGGCACUUGCAGCAAAGACUUGCAGUUUCAUUUGGGUGCUCUAUUUUUUUGUGUCUUAUGGAAAAAAUUGUAUGGCUUUGUGUUACCACAGAGCAUCUACUGUCUCUUACCUCAUCAGAAUAACUCAUCCCAGUGAUCGUACUCCUGAGAUACAGAAAUAUCAGAAUACUGAUAUUGUCAGCCUUCAAACAUCUAUUUUAAGUUUGUAUCUAGGAUAUUUUUAUAUUUCUGACUGAUUGCUUUAUUGGCUAUUGCACUGACACUUGUAUAUAUGGAACGUGCUUUUUUUCAAAAGCAAGAGUCCUUAGGAAUAAUGCAACACAUUCUCUACAGAUGUUCAUGCUUUUCAGAACCAAUUACAUCUAUUUUUGUCUUUUGUUCACCAUUUGCAUUGUUCCAAGACUACUAGAGAAUGUGAUUCUUUUAAGUCCCUUAAUAAAGCAACAUUACUCAAAAAGUUAGAGUUGGUGUCUUGGCAGUUUUUGUAUGUCGUGGACUGGCUCAAAGAGAAAGACCUCACUGGGCAGUUGAAACCCAAACCUUGUUUAUAUUAUUACUGAGGGGGUAAAAAAGCAGUCGUCAGUUAAUAUUACCUCAUAAAUGUAUGUCGUAAAAAGAAUACAAUAAGGUUCAAUUUUCAGGAAAUCAGAAAAAUUUUAAGCAGUUCAUUUCUAUCUUAAUCACUUCAAUUGGACAGUCUGGGAAUUAAUUAUUACCCAUAAUUACCCUAUUGGAUCCACUAGAUGUAGUAACUAGGAGUACAUACAUUAAAAACAUUAAUGGAUUACACUGUUAGUAAAAGAUCUACUAAAUUCUGUAGUACUUGUACUGGUGACUUAAGUUACAGCCUGGUUGAGUAAAGCAGUAGAGUGGAAGAUCUUUAAUCAGUGGUGAUGCUGGAUAGCUUACACUCAGCUUUUCAUUAUAUUGUAACAAUAAGGUGGGUUUUUUUUUUCUUUUCUAAUAAAGCAAACCAUAAAUAGUAUUCAUUUAGAUCUCAGAAGUGGGUCGUUGUGUCUUUUCUGCACAAUACUUUUCUGUCGCUGUGAUCCUGGAUUCUGCUAUACUUAUUUUCUUAAGUUAUUCUAGGGUAGUUUAAUCUUAUUUCAGUUUGAAUCCUUAGUUAAAAUGUUAUUUUCCAUCCUUUGGAAAGUUGACAUUUAAAUGGCCAAUGAACAAAUUGCCCAUACCUGGCAUUAAUAAUGUAUCUGAAACAACUUUUUUAAGGAUGCACAUGAAGAUAACAAAGCAACAUCUGGCCUUCAUUUCUUCUAAAGAACAUUAUAUAUACUUGCUGUUAUAUCCUUGGAGCUGCUUAGCUUGUCCAUAUGGGAACACUGAAGAAGCUGCUACAAAAUAAAAUGGAAUAUACUGGUGGCUGAAAGCAAACGUCUGGCCUGAAAUGAAGGCUAAAAGCAGCUGCUUUCUGAACUUGACACGCACAACUUGUUACCCAGCUGUUCCAGAUGUGUCAGUAUUCAAAUGUUACUUGUGGAAUGAUGUUUUUGGUAUUUUUUUGUGAUGUUUCUUCAUUCCAUCAUAUGCCAAAGAAAAUGUUUUUAAGGUCUGUCUAAAUAUUACCUAGCUGUUGUUGUGAACUUGCAAGCAACUCUUAAUUCUAGCUCUGGGUAAGGAACCACACCACAGUGGUUGCUAAUUGGCUCAUGUGGCAGUUCUUGCUAUGGAAGUUUUUAAGAACACUUAUUUAGGCUGGGUUAGGUUCUGUUUGGAAUAAAAGAAAAAGCUGUAAGCAAAUAGUGCUGUUUCCAGUGGACUGCUCUAGAGUAUAUCAGGACAAAAACAGAUGUGAUCUCAUUAACUUCUUUAUUGCUAAAACCAAACCUAAAAUAAGGAAUUAAUUUUUUGUCAAAUUCUAUCCAGAUCCCUGUUCUGUGGAACAGGAAUACUUCAAAGAAUUUCAGACUAAAAAUGGAAACACCCUCUUCCUCUUUUGAAGGUAAAAUGAGUACUUAAAAAAAAAAAAAACCAAAAAACCAACAAACCCUCAAGUUUAACUUUAUACAUAGAAGAAAUAAGAUUUACUUAUUGCCUAGAGAUUUGGUCAAUGAAAACUUUCAGAAAAAUACCUGAUCCUCAUCUGUUGUCAUCUGGUAGUUGUCCCGAAUUACAGUGAAGUGACUGGCACUGUCCAGGACUCCCUUCUGCAAGUUUAAAUCCACUCCAGCACAAUGUGUAAAAAUAUUCUGCAUUCCUUGUAUGGAGAAAAAGUGCCUUAUCCAUACAGCAGCUGCCUGUCCCUACUUGAGCAGCUGAAUCCAGAGCACCAGUUUCUUACUUGAAAUUGCUAAAAACUGCAAGUGCUUAGUAUCUUGAAAGAUCAAGCUCAAAGCAUAUCAUGUGAGGCACCCAACAUUUCCAAGUAACUUGCAUAUGAAUCUCCCUUAUUUUUAGCAACAGAUUCUAUUUAGAAGAUAAUUUUUUUUUUCAAAGUACUACUGACACUGCUAGAAAUCAAAUAAUAGGUAGGUACAAACAAAUAUAAAAAAAUUACUUGAGAAAAUUGUCAUUAAUUGACAAGAGUACAUUUCAAAGUGAUUGUAAAAUUCAGCAACUCUCAUAAAAAUCACCUCAUCACAAUAUGAAUUUCUGCUGAGUCUUGACACUGAUUACAUGUGUAGUCAGCUGCUCUGUAUUGUGCGACUUUCUUGGUAAAAUCCCAAGUCAGCAAGAAUGUGGAGGCUGUUUCAGAUGUUUUAGCUUUAAAGAUGAAUGACUUACUUUUUUUAAAAUAUUUUCAUGCUCAUCCACAAGUCUUGGAAACAGCCAUUAGCAGCUAUUGCAUUUAUUCUUUUUAUACACUGAAAUGGUUGUAUCUAGACAGAAAAAAAGACAACUGAACUUUCAGAUUAAUGUUUUCUAAUGUUUGUGACUGCUGCUAUUUCAUGUUUGGUUUCUGGCUGCCUGGAGACUGUCUCAGAGUUUACACGUGCAAGGGCUGGUACUGCGCAGAAGCCAGCUUGGGUAUGGGUGAGGACUAGCGGAAGGUGUCAUUUCGUCAGCUAGGAGAUUGCCUGGAAACCUGGGAUUGUUUGAUCUAAAGCACCUCUGAAUAACAUUUCUGGCUGUUUUCUUAGCCU